UAGAACCGUACAAUAUUCUAAGACCUUUUACAUCUGGUACAUUCAUCUGUUAAAAUAAGUAAUUUGGCUUUUAGCGUGAUUCUUAAUGACCAGCAUCAGAUUAAAUGUUAACGUGGCACAUGAAUCUUUAACUUCAUUGCUCCCUUCUGCUUCAGUUCCAUAGUGAUCUCCAUGCAAUCAACUGUUAUAAGUAAAACUGUUAUAAGUAAAUGAAAUUAUUCAAUUGGCAGCCAAGUUUGUCACAUGAUUAAUAACUCCUGCUGUAAAAUGACACAAUGUUCCCAUCUCCCCAGCAACAACUGACAACAGCAGCUCUAUCUGCCCUGCUGGUUUCCAGGAGACCCGGCCUAGCUCCUCCUCCUGAGUCCUGAGGCUGCAGCAUGGAGCCCCAGGGGAGUCUGGGAGUGGAGGGGRACUUCAGCCUGCAGCUGGCGCUGCUGGURCCCAGUCUCCRGAGCGAGGCAGUGACCCACGAGCUGGARGAUCUGACUAUGCAGCCCAGUCCCAGCCUGCCGCCUCUCAAAGAGCGUAAGAACGUCCUCCAGCGCCGCCUGCAGCAGAGACGCACACGUGAGCAGCUAGUGGAGCAGGGCAUCAUGCCACCACUGAAAUGCCCUGCUGCCUUCCACGAACAGAUCCGCAGCCUGCAGAGGUCCAGGACUGAGAACUUCUUGAAGCACAAAAUCCGCAGUAGACCUGAACGUUCAGAGCUGGUCCGCAUGCACAUCCUGCAAGAGACCCAUGCGGUGCCCUCACUGCAGGCUACUCAGAUGAUGCUGAAGAGAGCCAGGCUGGCUGAUGACCUCAAUGAGAAGCUGGCCCAGCGACCCGGCCCCAUGGAGCUGGUGGUCAAGAACAUUCUGCCUGUAGAACCCAGCCUCGUCAAGGACGACGUCACCGAUCCCCCAGACAGUGAGGUGGAGAAUGACUUCCCCAAGACGAAAACACYGGAUGUGUACAACUUUGACGAGGACAGCAGCGACGCCCUGUCCCCAGAGCAGCCGGCCAGCCAGGAGUCCCAGAGCUCCUCUGCCCCCUCACCCUCCCCCAGAACCCCCAGAGUGACAGAAGCCCCUGUUGCCCUCUCCACCUCCCCACCGACCAGCUCCAUCACCAUGAAGCACUGCCCACCUACCUCCCAAUCCACAACAGACUUCUUCAACUUCUCUCAUGUCUCCACCAAUGAGCAUCAGAACAAUCGCCUGGUGACCACGCCUCAGCCAAUCACCAUUGUUGCCCCUCCAAAGCCGGGGCCCAUGUUAGUAAAGCAAAGCCAACCAAAGACACCCAAUGACAAGAGCCGCAGUAAGAAGAAUAAGGAUCCCAAACCGCGGGUGAAGAAGCUAAAGUACCACCAGUACAUCCCCCCGGACCAGAAACAGGAGGCCAACGAGGCCCCCAUGGACUCAGCCUACGCCAGGCUACUGCAUCAGCAGCAGCAGUUCCUCCAGCUGCAGAUACUGAGCCAGCAGCAGCAGCACUAUAACUACCAGACCAUCCUGCCUGCCCCACUCAAGUUGAUGGAGGGUCAGAACAGCUGCUCCAACGUGUCUCUGAGUGGCAGCAGUCUGUCCAGUCCCAUCAUGGUCUCUCUACCCAGCGCUGCCCCAGCACGGUCUAACCAAACUCUGACAAACCGCAAGCCUGGUGUCCUACCUGCCAACCUGGACGAAAUGAAGGUAGCUGAGCUGAAGAUGGAGCUGAAACUGCGAGGUCUUCCGGUGUCUGGCACCAAGACUGACCUGAUAGAGAGACUAAAGCCUUAUCAGGAGAUCCCCAGCAGCCAGGCUGCCACUGCCAUGGAGCUGACAGGCCACACAGGGGCCCCACAGCCUGAGAGCAUGAGCUCCACACCCCCUGUGUCCCCCGCGCCCUCGGAGGUCUCCAGCCUGGGCAUGGAGGAGGCUGGGAUGCCAGGAGCUCUUUCCCCAGCUCGGCCCACUCMUUCUGGGUCGUCUCCCCACCAAGGCCGCCUGGAGGACAGCCCAAUGGAGACCAGAACCUCAGMGAAGGACCAGCGACUGCACGAGAAGGAGCGUCAGAUCGAGGAGCUGAUGAGGAAGCUGGAGCAGGAGCAGAGGCUGGUGGAGGAGCUGAAGAUGCAGCUAGAGGUGGAGAAGAGGGGUCUGCCCAGCCCUCCAGCCCCCAUGGCCCUGGCCCAGGUCAAAGAAGAGGGCAGGGCCGCCUCAAACUGCUCUGCCUCUGCRCAUAGCCCACUAGCAGUGGUGAAACAGGAGGAGCCCAGCUCAGGCCAGGURCAGACRUCCCCCCUGCCUCAGUUCUUCAUCAGCCACCAGCAGGUGCMUCAGGUCCUCAGACAGCCCCAGCCUCAGACYUCGCURUCUGGCCAGCCUGGRACACAGAUCCUGCUGCCUGUCUCCMUGCCCACCAGCACUGCCACCAUYCAGCUACCGAACAACAGCAUUAAGCUGCAGGUCAGAGAGCCSGUCCURCAGACCACAGUUAGCACUACAGCUCCAGGCCUCAUCCAGAAAACAGAGGCCUCAGCACCCCACCACCACCAACACACCACCCAGACCCAACCCAUGGCACAGACGACAGUCCCACUGUGCACCACCACCACCUCAGGCUCUGGGUUCCAGUUCAGAGCAGGCCCAGGUCAGACAGAGAUCCCCCAGUGUUUCCUAAACACUUCCCCAGGGAGCAGGUCCCCUGCCAGGGCCUCGUCCAACCAAGCAGUCCCCAAUGGUCCAACAAACAAGUCCCCCUCUGCCUGCCAGCCCAACUUCUCAAACCACGUCCCCAGGAAUAAGGACCCGCCACGCUACGAAGAGGCUGUUAAACAGACGCGCAGAAUGCAGACUGCUGCACAGGUACCCACUGCAAUCAGCCAGCACAUGGACGACCUGUUUGACGUGUUGAUCGAGAGUGGAGAGAUCUCCCCAUUCAUCAGACAGGACCCUUCCUUUCCAGACAAGCUACUUCCUGUGACCGCCAGCGUAACCACCCUGCCCUUCAACACRGUGCUAUCCCGCCCCCCGCCCCAGAUCCAGGUGGCCCGCCCACCCGCCCCCACCCUUAACCCACCGGCCCCACCCAGCCUGACAGCCCUGGCCAUAGACAACCAGCUGGAGGCCUUCCUGGAAGGCACAAUACUGAAAACCCUGGGGGAGACUGAGCCCCGGACACUGAGGUUGAUGGAAGAGCUGCACAGUCAGUUGCUGGAGCACUCCCCCCACUCCCCCAUGGACACGGACACCACCGGGUUCAACAAUGUCAGUGCACCCCCCUCCAGCUACCACCUGGACCACACCAAUCUGGACAACAUGGAGUGGCUGGACCUGACCAUGCCCGGGCCGACGGGGGGGCUCAACCCACUGGGCCUUCCCCCGCUUGGGGUCUUCUCCUCUGACUUCCUGGACUCCCAUGACCUGCAGCCACAUUGGGACUAACGGGUGUCAAUGUGACCCCCCCCCAAAACAGGCCUAUUCAGACAGAGGGCUGUCAGGGAGAGACACACACAUAAGUGAGACGGAGAGCACACUCCUUCUCCAGUGGAGGUGGGGGAGGAGAGUGCAGUGCUGCUGGCCUUGAGUCCCUGUGGGAAGUUCUGUGCAGGGCUACAGCAGCACUAGUGGUGGAUCUCACUGCUCUGAGCAGCUCAGAGUGCUAGAGGCAUGGACCCUCCUUCGUCAUUGGAUAUACAGUAAAGCUGUUUCCCUUUGAGGUAUCGUCCCUCAUAACAGCCACUCAUUCUAAGGAAGGCCCGCACCCGCUGGGCUGUGGUAUAGAUCAACGGUAUGAAGAGGUUGAUCUCCCCCUGUGGUCUCUUUCAGAAGAGAACCUUGUCUGAGGAAGGGUGGUCUCUCCUGAAAUGGUGUUACAGUAGAUAAGGAGCGGGAUCAGGAAAUGUGAUCCCGGCUCAGGAUGAAAACUCGCUAGUGGAAACAGAUGUUGACCCAGGUGUUAGAGAAUUUCACGCCUGGUUCUGACUGCGCCAUCGGCAUGGCUACUGACUGACGUUCGUGAUAAAUUUGACAGACAGCGCAGAGAGAUUGUAUAUAUUAUAAGCCUAUGUCUACAGUAGCAGUAGUCUGUCUGCUCUGCUGCAUACAUCACUAAGGCAGCUGUAUUACAGUCCUGUGUAUGUAUAUGACAUAUUGGAAUGUGGUAUUAGCUUAGCAUUAUGGCUUUGUAAUAACUGCCUUUGCUUUACUCAGUGCCCCCAUGCGAUUCCCAUCACGGGAGAGAAUUGGACACAGAUGCUAAAAGACUGCACAUAUUACAUUAUGCCUUAUAAGACCAUUUGCCAAAUAUCUUGCUAUUUUCAACGCGUUGCUUUCACUUAAUUCAACUAAAGACUUUCCAAAGAGUACACAGAGUGAUGACUGAUAGUGUUGUAACUAAAAUAAAGCAGGAGACUACUUAAAGUGAGUGUUGACAGUAGGCAGCCUUAUAUCAUGUAAGAUAAAACAGUGAGUGCACGAAACCCACAUUUAGUAUCACUGGUUGACAAUACGAGAGCUGUCGGCCUGAGAACUCUUGAAUUAAUCCAAAUUAGAAGUUGAGAGGCGUCACAUUUUUAGCAGCUGUUGUUCUUACUCUAUUCUUGUGUGGGGGAGUGUGGGGGAGAGUAGGGCCAAUGUGAGUUUGUUUACCAAACUACAGCGUGCUUUGCCUGAGUGUGCAUGGGGUCACAAUAGGUGGCACAGCACCCCACAGCGCUGCUGUAGCUAGCUAGCCCAGGCCUAUGUCCUUUAUAUUAUCGACAAAAGAGCCUUUCAAAAUGUUCUCUCUCUCAACCCUAUUGUCAAGUCUGGAGUGGAUUUAUCCCAAUGUACAGAUCAGCUGAAUCUUGCUUGUUUAUGUGUGACGUGCAGUGCACAUGAGCUAGAGCUGGUGUGUAGAGCUGGUGUCUGUGUGUGCACUGCACAUCUGUGUUGCAUAUCGCUUUUGCUUGUUUUGACUCUAGGAACUGGCAGAAAUAUAGCCAGUAAAUUCCCCUCAGCAUUUCAAUGGCUCUCUUCAAUAUACYGUCUGACCUUAGUUGGCUGACAUAUCGAGAACAGACAARUUGACAUCAUUCAGUUUGACAAGCCAGGGAGUCACAGUGAAUCAGCAGAGGUGGUUCAAGGCUGUCUUGUGCUUUUGUGAUCAGCUUAGCAAUAUUUGUGGCUAUAGUCCYGCAGGUUCAAAUGUAAGCAUAAUUAUUUUGUUGUAGUAGGCCUAAUGUGUCUCUUCAUGAAGCCUUAGUCCAGCAGAUUAUGUAGGGUCGGGAUUUCGGCCACUCACAUCACAUCAAGAGGCAACCUUUCAAAACACAUUUCAAAACCCAUUUCAAAGCAGUGUGUGAUCCAUAUGUACCAUUACUACCAACAGAUGGGUAUUAAAAUGAUCUCCACACUGUUGUAAUAGCCUUGGUUUUCACUCCUCUCUCCCAGUUGAAGUCUUCUUUUCGGUCAAAAUCCUACAUGAUUAUUGCAAUCGUACACAUGUAGUUAAAAAUGUCAUUACGGUGACAUAUACUGGCCAAAGAUAAAAUGUGAACGCAUUUGAAGUGUUGAAACCGACGGUUGAAAUGGGUUAAGGUAGAGGUGUUUACAGACGGUUUGACUUUACAAAAGUUGGCAGUCCUCUUUAUCAAGCAGUCUGAGCUACGCAACGGAUAACUGCCUUUACUAAAUUGCUGAAAGGUUUCUGUGUUUCUAGAGCCCCCCCAAAAUGUAAGAAACUUUAAAACACUAGUCAGCAUGAUAAAGUUUGAAGCACCAACGACAGCAUAAGCGUUCCUUGGAAAUACAUUGAGGACAGUGCUAAAGAAAUAUGUCAUUUCAACGGGUUUGAUCAAUUAUAGCCUACCUGUCUGUCCCCUACCAAAGAAAAUUACUUAGAGGUCCAAUGCAGCCGUUUUUAACUCAAUAUCAAAUCAUUUCUGAGUAACAAAUAAGUACCUUACUGUGAUUGUUUUCACUUAAAAUGAUCAAAAAGAAACAGCUCCUUAGCAAAGAGCCAUUUCUCAGAAAUAAUUUUGCUAGGACUGUCUGGGAGUGGUCUGAGUGGUGAGGGGAAAACUGAAAACUAGCUGAUAUUGGCAGAG